CCAGCUUGGGCGAAGCCAAGCAGGCAAGCAUCCAUCAUCCAUGGCGCGCCGUUCAAAACCCUAAACCCUGAGGCGAACCUCGAGGAAUCGCAGCGGCGCGUCGUGUCGGCACCCAUGGCGGCGUCCCCGUCCGCUCCUCCUCCCCCCGCCGCCGCCGCUGGAGUCGGAGUCUGGAGCCCUGCUCCGCAAUCGCCGUCGCCCAACCUCGCUAACUUCUUCGUAUGGAGGGAAUUUGUAUGGGGAGCAAUUGCAGGCGCAUUCGGUGAAGGCAUGAUGCAUCCAGUCGAUACUCUGAAAACACGGCUUCAGAGUCAGGCUAUAAUCACAGGGGCUAAGGCUCAGAAAAAUAUAUUCCAGAUGAUCAGGACAGUCUGGGUCUCUGAUGGUCUGAAAGGUUUUUACAGAGGAAUCAGUCCAGGUGUUACUGGAUCACUUGCUACAGGGGCAACAUAUUUUGGUGUUAUUGAAUCAACCAAGACAUGGCUGGAGCAUUCUAAUCCUAAUCUAAGUGGCCAUUGGUCUCACUUUAUUGCUGGAGGAAUUGGAGAUACACUUGGGUCUUUUAUCUAUGUGCCAUGUGAAGUCAUGAAACAGCGAAUGCAAGUCCAAGGCACCAAGAAAUCUUGGGCCUUAACUGCCACAAAAGGAAAUAUUUCUCAAACUCCAGGGGCUCCGAUGUAUAACUACUAUAAUGGAAUGUUCCAUGCUGGUUGUUCUAUCUGGAGAGAUCAUGGUCUGAAGGGACUUUAUGCAGGAUACUGGUCUACACUUGCCAGGGAUGUACCUUUUGCUGGUCUUAUGGUCACUUUCUAUGAGGCAAUGAAAGAACUGACUGAGUAUGGGAAGAGGAAGUAUUUGCCAGAGAGUAAUUUGCAUGCUAGCAGCUCCUUCGAAGGGCUUCUUCUAGGAGGCUUGGCAGGCGGUUUUAGUGCAUACUUGACAACCCCCUUGGAUGUGAUCAAGACAAGGCUGCAAGUACAGGGAUCAACAACUAGUUACAAUGGGUGGCUGGAUGCUAUUACGAAGACAUGGGCUAAUGAGGGAAUGAGUGGCUUGUUCAAGGGGAGCAUUCCUAGAAUAAUAUGGUACAUACCUGCAUCUGCAUUCACGUUCAUGGCAGUGGAGUUCCUCAGGGAUCAUUUCAACGAAAAGAUCGAUACAGAUGCCCGUGAACUAACCGGCCUGUCAAUGGACACAAGAUCAGAAGUUGAGGAAGCUGCAUGAAGCCCUGAAGGCCUGAAGUAGUUCCCUGUUUUGUAGGACUGAUCCAGAGGAAUUUCUGAUUUCUCCGUCAAGUAAAGUUCAUUUCACGAAUAUAAGUGUGAAAAAUGCAAUGUCAGCCAAGUUUCAACGUUUACAAGCGUAGAAGAGAUAAGGAAACUGAUCAUCCUUCAUCUACUCAGUAUUUUUUUGGGGGUGUUGGAAACCAGGAUUGUUGGUGGGCAGUAGUUCUUCUGGGUCUUCAAAGCCCAUGUUUGGACCUAACUGAUGCACCCCAAAUUCCAUACCAUAUGUACCUUCCAACAUUUUGUUCUAUCCAAAUGCAAUUACAACGUAGUUCUUUUUUUUAUUAUUAUUUUUAAUGAACGAGCCGGCACUAGAAUGUAUCAAUUCCAUUGAAUA